GGAAAAUAAAUAAAUUCAAAUAUUCAACAAUCAUGUCCGCCUCUGCGCGAAGUUCGGUGACGAGAAAAUCGUCGCUGAGCAAAAGUUCCACCGCGGAAAAGUCUACAAAGUCCUCGACAAGCUCCUCAAAGACCACCACUACAUCGACAGCAGCAGCCCCACCAAAUGGAGGAAGCAAACAGAAAAUGCAGUACUCAAAAACCAGGGAGCGAAUGGUGGAUGAUGUCCCGCUGCCGCCCACACACAAGCUCACCAUGUCCGAGGUCUACGACGACGAGAAGACGGGCAAACCCAAUUUCGAUGUACUGCGCAAGCACUUCCUGCUCGAGGGCCGCGUCGAGGAGUCGGUGGCCCUGCGCAUCAUCGAAGAGGGCGCCAACCUGCUGCGCGAGGAGAAGAACAUGAUUGACGUGGAGGCCCCCAUCACCGUCUGUGGCGACAUUCACGGACAGUUCUUCGAUUUGGUCAAACUAUUCGAGGUUGGCGGACCCCCAGCCACGACCAGAUAUCUGUUCCUGGGCGACUACGUGGACAGGGGAUACUUCAGCAUAGAGUGCGUUCUGUAUCUGUGGUCCUUGAAGAUAACCUACCCCGCCACACUGUCGCUCCUGCGAGGCAACCACGAGUGCCGCCAUCUCACGGAAUACUUCACCUUCAAGCAGGAAUGCAUCAUCAAGUAUUCGGAAAGUAUUUACGAGGCCUGCAUGGAAGCGUUCGACUGCCUGCCGCUGGCCGCCCUGCUCAACCAGCAGUUUCUGUGCAUCCACGGCGGUCUGUCGCCAGAGAUUUUCACACUCGACGAUAUCAAGACGCUAAAUCGAUUCAGGGAACCACCGGCCUAUGGACCCAUGUGCGAUCUGCUGUGGUCCGAUCCCCUGGAGGACUUUGGCAACGAGAAGACGACCGAGUUCUUCUCGCACAACUCCGUGCGAGGCUGUUCCUACUUCUUCAGCUAUAUGGCCUGCUGUGAGUUCCUACAGAAGAACAACCUGCUGUCCAUAGUGAGAGCACACGAGGCCCAGGAUGCGGGCUAUCGCAUGUAUCGGAAGAAUCAGGUAACUGGCUUCCCCUCACUCAUCACCAUCUUCUCCGCCCCCAACUAUUUGGAUGUUUACAACAACAAGGCAGCUGUGCUCAAGUACGAGAACAACGUGAUGAACAUUCGGCAGUUCAACUGCUCCCCCCAUCCCUACUGGCUGCCCAACUUCAUGGAUGUCUUCACAUGGUCACUGCCCUUCGUGGGCGAGAAGGUAACCGAGAUGCUGGUGAAUAUCCUCAACAUCUGUUCGGACGAUGAGCUGGUGGCCGGACCCGAUGACGAGCUGGAGGAAGAGCUGCGCAAGAAAAUUGUACUGGUGCCGGCGAGCGCGAAUAAUACCAAUAACAAUAAUCCGCCCAGUAAGCCAGCUUCCAUGUCGGCGCUGCGCAAAGAGAUAAUUCGGAAUAAAAUUCGGGCCAUUGGCAAGAUGUCGCGCGUCUUCUCGAUUCUCAGAGAGGAAUCCGAGAGCGUGAUUAAGCUGAAGGGUCUGACGCCCACGGGCGCCUUGCCAGUGGGUGCGUUGUCUGGAGGAAAGGAUUCCCUGAAGGAGGCUCUCCAAGGACUGACCGCAGCUUCACACAUCCACUCGUUCGCCGAGGCCAAGGGCCUGGAUGCGGUCAAUGAACGGAUGCCGCCACGUCGGCCGCUGGUGAUGAGUGCCAGCAGCAGCAGCAUCACGACAGUCAGCACUACCAGUACCAGCAACAACAACACUAAUAAUAACAAUAAUAACAACAAUACAACGACAAAGAACAGCAACAGCAGCAGCAGCAGUAAUGCCACCACAACCGUGACCAAGACGAGCAGCAGCAGCAGCAGCAGGAGCACCGUGAAGUCGGCCACAACCAGCAAUGUUCGGGCCGGGUUUACCUCCAAGAAGUUCUCAUAGUGCCCAUAGAGAGGAGAGGUUCCUGCUUAAAUUUAUCUGUUAUCUAGAUCUACUUUUGUUAGCCACCACUUUUAUACCAGAAUUCUAGUCAUCUGAGGCCCUCAAACGAGACGAAUCUCUCCUACCAUAAUCCUGUAACUGAAAUAUUAGCAAAAAUUUAUACGUGACAUGAAAAAUAGUUCAAUAAAAAUGGCAGCAAAUAGCUCAACAAAAUUA